AAACAAAAUUCCGAAACAGCUAAGCUCUGUUCCACACUGGUUCGAAGAACAAAACACACACACUCUCUCUCUCUCUCUCUCUCUCUCUCUCUCUCCGUACUCCCGCCAUGUACCGAGCAGCUGCUGCCAUUGCUUCGACGAUCGGUUCCGCUGCUUCCAAGAAACAUAUAUGUAGUCGGAUUCUUGUGGCACGAAACUAUGGUGCGAAAAACAUCAAUUUUGGCAUUGGGGCGCGCGCAGCAAUGCUUCAGGGCGUUAAUGAGCUCGCUGGAGUUGUGAAAGUGACAAUGGGACCAAAGGGUCGUAAUGUAAUUAUCGAGAAAAGCCGUGGGGAUCCUAAGGUCACAAAGGAUGGUGUCACUGUUGCCAAAAGCAUCGAAUUCAAGGACAGAGCUAAGAAUAUUGGCGCAAAUCUUGUAAAGCAGGUUGCUGAUGCCACUAAUACUGCUGCAGGAGAUGGUACCACUUGCGCAACUGUCCUUACUCAGGCAAUACUUACUGAAGGAUGUAAGUCGGUGGCAGCUGGUGUAAAUGUCAUGGACUUGCGUCAUGGUAUUAAUAUGGCUAUUGAUGCUGUCAUCUCUCACUUGAAAAGCAAAGCUUGGAUGAUCAGCACACCGGAAGAAAUUACCCAGGUAGCAACUAUCUCUGCAAAUGGUGAACGGGAGAUUGGGGAAUUGAUAGCAAGAGCAAUGGAGAAAGUUGGGAAGGAAGGAGUCAUAACUGUUGAAGAUGGGAAUACUUUGUAUAAUGAGUUGGAAGUGGUGGAAGGAAUGAAACUAGCCAGGGGAUAUAUUUCUCCCUAUUUUGUUACAGAUGAGAAGACCCAAAAAUGCGAACUAAAAAAUCCCCUGAUCCUUAUUCAUGAUAAGAAAAUCUCAAACUUGGAUUCUCUUGUGAGAAUAUUAGAGCUGGCUUUAAAGAAAAACAGAGCUCUGCUAAUUGUGGCUGAGGAUUUGGAUAGUGAUGCUUUGGCGAUGCUCAUUCUCAACAAGCAUCGUGCUGGAGUUAAGGUUUGUGCCAUCAAAGCUCCUGGUUUUGGAGAAAACAGGAGAGCAAACUUGGAAGAUCUAGCCAUUCUUACGGGAGGAGAGGUUAUCUCUGAAGAUCAUGGCAUGAACCUUGAUAAAGUUCAAAUUGAAAUGCUUGGUACUGCAAAAAAGGUUACUGUUUCCCUUGAUGAUACCAUUGUUCUACAUGGUGGUGGUGACAAGAAGCUAAUUGAAGAAAGAUGCGAGCAGCUGAGGACAUCCAUUGAGAAAAGUACUGCCAUGUUCGACAAGGAGAAAGCACAGGAACGGUUAUCAAAGCUAUCAGGAGGCGUUGCUGUUCUCAAGAUUGGUGGGGCCAGUGAGGCAGAAGUUGGAGAGAGGAAAGACAGGGUUAGAGAUGCUUUAAAUGCUACAAGGGCAGCUGUUGAAGAGGGUAUUGUGCCAGGUGGUGGUGUUGCUCUCUUGUAUGCUACAAAAGAACUGGAUAAGCUUCAAACUGCAAACAGUGACCAGAAGAUAGGAGUCCAAAUAAUUCAGAAUGCUUUAAAGUCACCCACAUGUACAAUUGCUGCAAAUGCUGGUGUUGAUGGUGCAGUAGUUCUUGGCAGACUAUUAGAACAAGAGGAUCUUAAUCUGGGUUACGAUGCUGCCAAAGGUGUGUAUGUAGACAUGGUGAAGGCUGGGAUUAUAGAUCCUCUUAAAGUCGUCAGAACUGCCCUAGUAGAUGCUGCCAGUGUCUCUUUGCUGUUGACGACAACUGAAGCAGCGGUCGUUGAGGUUGCAGAGGCAAAGACUGGCCCACCAAUGGGUCGCAUGCCAGGGAUGGAUGAUAUGAACUACUGAGUGCAAUUCACAUAUACUACAGGUCAAUUGACAAAGGAUAUAAUAGUUCAGAAGCUUCAAUACUGGUAUAUGUUGUUAGGGUUUCUUUUGGUUUAGCUGUGUAUUCAGUGGCAGCUUAUUUGAGUCGGUUUUCCAGAAUUGAGGCUUUCAGGGUAAUUCUGUUUGAUUUAUCAAAUUCGAAUGAGAGAGUUGAUGAUGCUGUUAUUUGGUCUGUUUAUUUGGAAAUUGAGAGGACUGGAUCUGGAAUUGUAAUGAUAACAUUUUUGUAAGCUGUUCUUGGGAUGGUAAUUUAAUAUAGCCUUUUUGGGAA